AUGUCGACAGGCGCCGAAACGAACGGCUGGCAUAAUCCUGGCGUCGAAAAUGGCAUUGAUCUCUCCAGUGGCAACGCGACAUCUUCAGGAACAGGCCUUCCUUACCGAGUAACAGACCACCGUCGAAAGUGGGCAAUCUGGUUCGCAUGCUUCUGCUUCGAUGGCUGCGUCCUUCCCAUCAUCUUGUUCUACUCGUUGUGGUUCGGGUCGAAGUUGACGCAUUGGACUAUCCUGGCGAUUCUGACCUCCCUUUCAUUCUGGGCUUCUUACCACAAGUGGUUUUCACGCGGAUAUCGGCUGUUCAUCAAGCGCGACCCAAAGUUCCGACCCAUCAAUGGCAACCGCUGGGCCUUCGACUGCUCAUAUUAUAUCUUGUCGCUAGCCCUGCUGAUAAUGAUUCUUGAGCUUGUUAUCGCCACAUCAACCAAGAACGUUCCAGUCCGCGUUAUCAGCAUGGCACCCCCGUCCGUGGCAUAUGUCAUCGGGAUCUACAUGCUGAUUCAAAACACGCUUCACUGCUUGAAGGUCAAAACACCUGUGACGCUCUCUUCAAUAAAGCGCGGAUCUGUAACCCCUCCGCCAUUGUUCACCGUCAUGGAGGAUGUAUUCGCGGCGGACGGCUGCCACAUGGGUCUUCCAGCCCGUGAGGCUAUGGUCGCACUCUAUUCCGGCAACCAGAGAUUCAGGCGCUCUUUGAUGAUGUGGUCGUGGAUUUGGUGUUUUGCAAUGUUGGCGGUCGCCAUCGGAAUGUCCAUCGUGGUAGGGCAGACAUCGCAAACGACAGGAUUUGGUAUUGCUUAUGGUGUCACUUUCCCGAGCAUUGUCGUUAUGACAGCGUUCACAGCCUGGUGGAUGGACAAGCAGGAUGCAAGUGGUGCUUUCUCGGUAUCCUCUCGUCAGGGCAAGAUCCUUUCAGGAAGCAGCAUGAGAAACCCAGAUCGAUCAUGA